GGUCGCGCGGGGAGCCGGACUCCCGGACGCUUGGGCAGGCCCAAGGUGACACCCCGGCGGGCUCCCUGGCACGGUCGUGACCGUUUCUUCCCCCGCCCACUGGCCGGGCUGCACGCGCGCGCGCAGGCGGGGGCCCCCCAUAAAAAGCGCGGAGCCGCCGCGACGCCCUCGGAGCUGCCCACCGGCCCUGCGGCGCUAGCACCAUGCACGUUAACGGCAAAGUGGCGCUGGUCACCGGUGCGGCGCAGGGCAUCGGCCGUGCCAUCGCGGAAGCGCUGCUGCACAAGGGGGCCAAGGUCGCGCUGGUCGACUGGAAUCUGGAAGCAGGUGUAACGUGCAAAACUGCCCUGGACGAGCAGUUUGAACCUCAGAAGACGAUCUUCAUCCCGUGCGAUGUGGCCGAUCAGGAGCAGCUGAGAGAUACAUUUAGAAAAGUUGUAGACCAUUUUGGAAAAUUGGACAUUUUGGUCAAUAACGCUGGAGUGAAUAAUGAGAAAAACUGGGAAAAGACUCUGCAGAUUAAUUUGGUGUCCGUUAUCAGUGGAACCUAUCUCGGCUGGGAUUACAUGAGCAAACAAAAUGGAGGUGAAGGUGGCGUCAUUAUUAAUAUGUCCUCUUUAGCAGGCCUCAUGCCAGUUGCCCAGCAGCCUGUUUACUGUGCCUCGAAGCAUGGCAUCAUUGGAUUCACACGCUCCGCCGCGAUGGCUGCUAAUCUUAUGAGCAGCGGCGUGAGGAUGAAUGCGAUUUGCCCAGGCUUUGUGAACACACCCAUUCUCCAGUCCAUUGAAAAAGAAGAGAACAUGGGACAGUAUAUAGAAUACACAGGUCAUAUUAAAGACAUGAUGAAAUUUUACGGGAUUCUGGACCCAUCCAUGAUAGCCAAUGGAUUAAUAAAACUCAUUGAAGAUGAUGAUUUAAAUGGCGCUAUUAUGAAGAUCACAACUUCUAAGGGAAUUCACUUCCAAGACUAUGAAACUACGCCUUUCCAUGCAAAAACUCAGUGAAACCUCAUAUAUAUCAUUCUUAAGGAAAUGAGCACCAAUGACUUGCAUUCAGGUCAUAUCUUCAUUUGAAUAGAGCUUUUGAAGUUAAAUAUUUUUGUUUGAAGCAUUCCUUCAUGCAUUUGAUGUUAAUUUUUCCCUAAAUGGUUAGUUAAGAACAUGGAUGAGAAAAUAAUAUGCUCUCAAAGAUAAAGGUCAAAGCUCGGUUUUGGUCUUUAGAGUCUAAAUAAAUAAAACAAGGGAUAUUCAAGGAAUAUUCUGCCUCUCAGAAAAUGUAUUUAAAUUUAUGUUUCAUCAAUAUUAAUAUUUUUGGAACAUCCAUUUAAAGGAGAUACUUGAAUUGUUAUUUAAAUCAAACCAGAUGUAAAAAAACUCAUUUAAUUUCUCUUUUGGCACUUUAAAAGAAGACUGAAACCUACAAUGGCAGAUGUUUUUAGAACAGUGGCUUUUGCUCAUCUGCCAUCUUUUAGCUGAAUAUACAAGCUCUUUAAACAUGUGGCACAUUUGGGGACCAAUAAUUGAAAACUCAUUUUAAUAUGAAUAUAUCUCAGGUGAAAAAAAAUCUGUGAAAUGUACAAAUAAAGUGAAAAAUAACAGGCUGAGACUAUUGAUCCAUAGUUCAGCAGCCCAUGUAGAAAAAUAUUUCUUUCCUCUUUGCUUACUUUUAAGAAUAUCAGUUGACUUUUAAAAGAAUAUCAAGAAUGAAACCUUUCACAAAAAGAAGUUUGUCUUCCUCAAACAUUAUAUUUAAGAUAGGCUUAUUCAGAAAAAAAUACAAAUAAGAUGUUUUUCAAAUUUAUUUUCUUGUACCAGAUACAGAAGUGCCUACCUUUCAAUAUGACCUUUUUUUAAAUAUUUGGGAGGUGUCUUAGCUUUAUAUAAUAUAAUAUCUAUGAGGGGAAGAAACCAGAUUACUUUUUUAGAGCUUCAACUGUAAACAUUUUUAUAUGCUCAAAACUACCAUUAUCAAAGGAGAAAAUAGCUUUCUUCCACAUUUUGAGAUUUUUCCCCCCUGUAAGUUAUUAAAUAUAGCCGCCUUGGGUAACACAAUUUGCAAGCAGAACUAGUGCAAAGAAUAGUAAAAGCAGAUUUCCAAAUCAAUUUUUUUCUCAUAGAAAUAUGGUAUAAGUAAUUUACUCUGCCUGCUAAGUCUUUGGAGAGUACACAGCUGGAAGCAAAAUCCAACCAGGUGUGAUUGACAAGGAUUUCUUAGAGGUACUAGUGUGUUGUCAUUGUCCUGCUUUGUUCUAAUUAUACCAUAGAAUGAUUGCUGUCGGCUUUAGGAGGAAUUUGAAUAGGCAUAACUUCUGGUUAGUUUUAUAUACUGUGUGAGAAACAUCAUGAAAUGAACAGAAUAUUAUCUGACACAAACUUGUUUGUAUUUUGGGGCAGUAAGCAAGUAGGAAAUGAUACAUGCAUGGAGAGAAUCACUUGCCUUACAUUAUUUCCCACUGUAAUUUCAAAACUGUAGCUAUAACUUUUCAUGUACAGAUAUUUUUUCUUACUGUCAGCCUGCAGAAUCCUUUGUGCAUCAGACAUUUUUUAAUCAAAUUUAUAAACUAUAUAAACAUUAAACAUCAAAUACUGAGUAGAACUGAAAAAUACAUCAUAUAUUUUAAGAUUUGUUACACAUUAAAAUGUAUCUUUUAUAAAUAACCUUUAAUACAACUAUAAAGUUACGUGAUACCUUUAUGUGCUGGAUGAGAGAAAAUAAAUCUUCAGUUGGGAUGAAGGGCAGUUUAAGGAAGACUUAGUUUCCUAAAUUGUAUUUUUUCAAUGAAAAUUCUAAUGUAAAUAAUAUGUAUUUUCUUUCAAAUGUAUUUUUCUUAAUAAAGAUCUUCAGAAUCAACAAAGCUGAAAAUAUAUGA